CUUCUCCAUAUAUAAUGCAUGGCAUUUUCUGGAUUAAUUAGCUUCUUCUAAUUUGAACAAGCUAAUUAAGAUAUGGGAUGGUUAAAGUCCUACCUGCCAGUAAUGGCCAUGUUGUUUAAUCAGUCCAUUUAUGCAGGAAUUAGUCUCAGCACAAGAGUUGCUUUCUUACAAGGAAUGAGCCCAAGGGUGUUUGUAGUGUAUCGUCAUGCUUUUGCAACCAUUGUGAUUGCUCCAAUAGCUUAUUUCUCAGGGAGAAAUUCUGGCUCCUAUUACUUAAAUUUAAAGAGUUUUUCCUGGAUAUUCUUGACCUCAUUAAUUGGGAUCACGUUGAAUCAAAAUUUAUUUUUUGAGGGUCUAUAUCUGGCCUCUUCUUCAGUCGCAAGUGCAAUGGCAAAUCUUGUUCCAGCUGUAACAUUUAUAAUAGCAGCUUGUGCAGGAAUGGAGAAAGUGAAUAUUCGAAGCACGAGAUCUUUAGCCAAGAUAAUAGGAACAGUUAUAUGUGUGAGUGGGGCAGUUUCCAUGGCUUUGUUGAAGGGUCCAAAGCUACUAAAUGCUGAAAUUCUGCCAUCAAAAUCCAUCAUGGCCUCAGGAGGCGAUCAUUGGUUACUGGGUUGUCUAUUUCUCACUGGAUGCUGUUGUGCUUGGUCAGUCUGGCUCAUUUUGAUGGUUCCAGCCUCUACAAGCCACCCUGAUCACUUAUCCUUCUCAGCGUGGAUGUGUUUCAUGGCAACAUUACAAUCAACAUUAGUGACACUAUUGCUCGAGCCAGACCCACAUGCAUGGAAGAUUAAUUCUCUACUUGAAUUUGGUUGCACCUUAUAUUCAGGAGUUAUAGGAUCUGCAGUAUUAUUAUUUAUCCAAGCAUGGUGCAUUUCGCUAAGAGGUCCUCUCUUCUGUGCAAUGUUCAAUCCUCUUUUCACAGUCAUUGUGACUAUAUUGGCUGCUUUAUUACUUCACGAGGAGAUAUACUCUGGAAGCUUGAUAGGCUCAACUGGAGUGAUCAUUGGCUUAUAUGUGGUGCAUUGGGGUAAAGCUGAAAAAGUUUCUGAGGUGAAUGUGAAAUUGACCGAUCCAAAAUCGAUGGUUAAUUCAACAGAGGAUGUGAAAAUAUUGAUUAACGGUUCUUCUUCUGUAAAAGCAUGUUGUAAAACCAAUAAUUUAGAAGAACCCCUUCUAUCUGCUGAUUCUCCUUCACAUCGUUAAAGGAGUUUUGUUGCAACAAUUCUUUUUACUAUAGCUUCUUGAGUAUAUUAUGGACGAAGUUAUACUUCUUCACAUCUACUAUUUUUAUACAUAUGAAAGCUGAUACAUGAAUUCUUUUGACUCUAUCUAAACUUACUAU